AUGGCUCCUGGAAAUGGCCGCGAUUUCAACUGCUCUUGGACGGAUUGUGGCAAGUCAUUUAAUCGCAAGUCCGACCUCUGUCGCCAUUAUCGGAUACACACCAAUGAGCGACCCUACCAUUGCACAGUGAAGGAUUGCAACAAGAGCUUCAUCCAGCGCAGCGCUUUGACCGUCCACUCCCGGACCCACACCGGCGAGAAGCCCCAUGUGUGCGACCAUGAAGGCUGCCAGAAAGCUUUCUCAGAUUCAUCGAGUCUCGCCCGUCAUCGACGAAUUCAUACGGGCAAGCGACCAUACAUUUGUCAAGAACCCACUUGCGAACGAAGCUUCUGUCGCAAAACCACUCUCACGAAACACCAACACCGAUCGCAUCCUCCUGGUUCCCUCACUCGCCCAUCCUCGGAAGAUGCGACCUCGGAGCACUCCUAUCACCACCAGACGCCCGUGACGGUAUCGAUCCCAAACGGGAAUGAUCAGUACCUCCUUGCGCAACAACCAUACUACUCGCAUUCCGCAACGCCCAACCACGAGUUUUACUCGCCACCGAGCGUCCAGAUGAACUCGGUCCCCGUGCAUGAAGGCGCGCCUCCGAUUGUCACGCAAAACGUGCCCGUUACCUCGGCCAUGCCUAUGCCGCAUGCCCCACAACAUGCACCGCCCCAUCACCCACAACAGCAGCAGCAUCAGCAACAGCAACAACAGCAACAACAACAAUAUAUGCAGAUGAUGCAGCAGCGCUACGAGACGACUCCGCGGGCUAACUAUAUGCCUCACGAGUACCACCAACCACCAUUCCCAGGCCACCAGAUACCAGAGGGACAACCGAUGAUGGUGGGAUACCAUCCUAAUUUCCAGUAUAAACCCCCAACCCGGAUCUUGAACCAACCGGAGGGCACUGACUGGGGUUUUUUGGGAGUAGGUUAA